CCGGAAGUAGUUGCGACUACCGCUAAUUUCCCUCUCGAACUUGUCAACUGCUCUACUAAAACCCUUCAGGAGACGCACAUUAGACCGUCUUAAGGGUUUCUGCAUGAAACGACUUUUACGGCUGUUGUCUUGAACGCGUUUGUUUGACCAGUCGGUUCGGUUCUUUUGAAGCGUGAAGGCACCGGUACCGAUCCGAACGAGAGCUCUGAAGUCUCUGUUGGAACUUCAGCAAAAACAAUGGCAGAUCUUAUGGACAGCCAGCUGGAAGACGGGGAGCUCUCCGGUUCCGGUUCCGAUGCCGAGAUGGGAGCCACUUCAGCGCAGGUCUCCGCCGUCUUCAGCGGGCAGGCGUUCCAGAGCCGAGCCGCCCUGCAGCCUCCUGCGGCCGCGUACCGAAGCUCCGGCCGGGACGUGGACUCCAGCGACAGCGGCCAGGACUCCUCGGACGAAGAGGCGGCUGUUUGGCGCCGGAAGCGCCAGAAAGUGUCGGACGCUCCGCCGCCGGCUGCAGUCGCCCGCGCGCCCGGCCCCGGCGGCGCGGGAAGCCGCAGGGUGAACAACAUUUGGGGCUCCGUGGUUCAGGAGCAGUGCCAGGACGCAGUCACCGCGGAGCUCGGCAUCUUCGGCAUGGAGGGGGUCAGCACGUCCAGCAGGAGCGUGGAAACCUACAACUUCAUCCUGGCGAGGAAGAUGAUGGAGAAGGAGAGGGAGGAGGAGGAGAUGGUGACGCGGGAGGGGAAGGUCAACAUGCUGGAUGCUGAACUGGAGGCCUACAUGAAAGGUCAGGGGUCAAACGAGAGAGCUGGGGGGGACGCCAAGAGGAAAAGGCCGAUGAAAGAGAGGCUGGGCCCCAUCGCUCAGAUGGACUUAAAGGGUCGCUAUGAGAUCUCAGAGGACGACCCCGAUCACAGCGUGGUGGACGAGAUCGCCUACAGACUGCAGGAGCCCAAAAAAGACCUGAUCGAGCGCGUCGUCAAGGUCAUAGGGAAGAAGAAGGCCAUCGAGCUGCUGGGGGAGACCGCCACGCUGGAGGAGAGCGGUGGCGUGUACACCGUGGACGGUAGCAGGCGCCGGACGCCAGGAGGAGUGUAUCUGAACUUACUCAAGAACACGCCCAGCAUCUCCAAGUCCCAGAUCCGCAAGAUUUUCUUCGAGGAGCAGCAGAAGGACUGCAAGAGCAAGAAGGCCGCCCAAAAGAGGAGGCGGCACGUGCUGGCGAAGAAGAUGAAACAGGCCAUCGGCACGCUAAACCUGCAGGAGCAUGACGAUGUCUCCAGAGAAACCUUUGCCAGCGAUACCAACGAGGCCUUGGAGUCUUUGGAAGAGGCUGUAGAAGAAGAGGAGGAGGAGGAGGGUCAGGAGGAAGCUGGAGUGGGAACUGAGACGCCUGUUGUCUACAACUCUGCAGACCUGGAAGUUUUCUGAACAAGAACACUAACAAUACUAAUUUGUUUUAUGGUUUUUGGUUUUGUUUCUGGAGGGAUAAAGCCCUGCUUGCAUGUCUAACCGUCUGAGAAAGUAGCUGUGGUUUUUGAUGACUCUUCAACGCCUCGAUUCUGAUCAAAAAGUGUUUCUUGAUUCUCAAAUACAACAAAGCUCUUUGUGUUGGUUCCCAUAAUGGCACAUGUUGAUCUUAGGAAUUUUGUUGUUUAUGGUAAAUCAAUAAAAGUCAUUCAGGAAAAAAAUAAAA